ACUCUCUAUAAAUUAUUUCCUAUGGACAAUGAGCACAUAAUCCAAAAUCGUAGUCUUUUGUCGCAAAGCAACAUCUUGACUUCGAAAAUGCUGACGUUUUUAAUAGAUCCUAUUGAGCUACUAAGUAGCUUCAAAAAAAAGAUGAGAAAUAAAAUGGCGCGUGGAACAGUGAUAGAUGAAAAGGAUGAAUACAUAAUGUACAUCUGGAAAACUAUCGAGAAUCAAAACAAAAAGGAGAAAAUUCUCAACUUUGUUCGAUUUGUGAAUUUGACAUUUGAUGUUGUAUGUAUGAGUGAUGACUCUAUGCGCAUAGUCUCACCCAAGUCGGCGUGGGUGUAUGUAACUUACUCUGAGCAAGGUUCUAUGGACCUUCAAGGAACUGAUAUGCGAAAUUUCUUUUUGCUAAUUUCGCUAUGUGAAUUUAUACUCUGCGGUAUAAAUAUGUGUGGUAUUUGCAUUGGUUUAGUAGUAUCCGCUGUAUUUAUUUUUUGGGAACAAAGUAGUUAA